AUGCCUGCCAUUUCCAAUAGCGUUAGCCCAUCCAUGCCAGGACCAUGGUGGACCGCCAUGGUCAGUUAUGUUGUCGCUACGUGCUUGACUGCUCUUCUCUUUGGUAUCUUGAUCUGGUGGUACUUUUCCAUUCGGACUAGAAAACCAAUUGUUGAGUUUUCUAUAAGUCGACAAGCCGAUACGGCACAAGAACUCCAAGAACUGGCGGGCUGGACCCCUCCUGGCAGUAGUACCGCGGGCCACAAGGAACACACCGAAACUGAAAAUUUGGGAUCAAACGGUGAUGAUGGAAAUGGUGAAGGCACAAGCAAAGUCGAAGCAGGCAGUCGUGAAGAGGAUUCCCGACUUGGAAAAAAAGCCAUGAAAAUCUCGUGUUAA